AUAUAUUUUUUUAUUUUCUCUCUUAGGUUUUUCACUUUCCCGCUUUCUUUUCUAAUUUUUCACCUUUUCUCUUUUUUGCUUUUCUCAUCCAUUCGAAUCCGCGGCACCCACACUUUUUUUUUCAUUUUUGGUUCUCUUCUCCGUUUGGUUGCUGAGAAAAACAAAAGAAAAAUUAAAAAUAAGAAAGACGAAUCAAGACGGAUUCUCAUGCGUGUUAACUUUUUGUUAUUUUCUUAUUAAAGUCAAACUUUAUAUAAGUUUAUUAUUAUUUUUGUGAGUUUCGGGUGAAGCUUCUGUUUGGUUGCUGAGAAAAUACCGAAACGGAAAAGGAAAGGAGUAAUAUAACUGUGUUUACUUGUUUGGUUAUGGAAGUAGAUAAAAUUGGUUUUAAGCUUAUAGGUAUGUUUGUUAUGUAAUUGGAAAGUUGGUAUUAGAGGUGUUAAAAGAGUUUCUCACAGUUUCUCAGCAGCCAAACAAGGACGUUAACGUUUGAAAAUUUGAAAAAAUGCAAACGAGGUAUAUGGAAAGAUCGAACAGCAUGGCGAGAGAGAAGCGAGGCUUGGAUUCUACUUCAGCUGAAGAUGGCCAGCCUGAUAGGAAACGACCUGCUUUAGCGAGUGUAAUUGUUGAAGCUCUAAAGGUGGAUAGUCUGCAGAAACUUUGUUCAUCAUUGGAGCCUAUUCUCCGGAGAGUUGUCAGUGAAGAAGUGGAGCGUGCUUUAGCAAAAUUAGGCACUGCCAAACUUACUGGGAGGUCUUCUCCUAAACGUAUAGAAGGGCCUGAUGGGAGAAACUUACGGCUGUGCUUCAAGUCUAGGCUGUCUCUUCCUCUCUUUACUGGUGGAAAAGUUGAAGGGGAGCAGGGGGCAGCAAUUCAUAUUGUUUUGCUUGAUGCAAUCACAGGCCAUGUUGUCACAUCUGGUCCAGAAUCUGCUGUGAAGCUAGAUGUUAUUGUGCUUGAAGGUGAUUUCAAUAAUGAGGAUGAUGAAAACUGGAGUCAAGAAGAAUUUGAUAGCCAUGUGGUGAAAGAGCGUGAAGGAAAGAGGCCACUGCUGACUGGGGACUUGCAAGUAACACUGAAGGAAGGUGUGGGAACACUAGGUGAUCUAACCUUUACUGACAACUCAAGCUGGAUAAGGAGCAGGAAGUUCAGGCUAGGACUGAAGGUUGCCUCAGGCUAUUCCGAGGGCAUUCGUAUACGCGAAGCAAAAACAGAAGCCUUCACGGUUAAGGAUCACAGAGGAGAAUUAUACAAGAAACAUUAUCCACCUGCAUUAAAUGAUGAGGUUUGGAGAUUGGAGAAAAUUGGCAAAGAUGGGUCAUUUCACAAGAGGCUGAACAAAGCUGGAAUUUGUACAGUUGAAGACUUCCUACGGCUUGUGGUUAGAGACUCACAGAGAUUGCGGAAUAUUCUUGGAAGUGGCAUGUCAAAUAAGAUGUGGGAUGUUCUUGUUGAGCAUGCAAAAACUUGUGUUUUGAGUGGGAAACUCUAUGUGUACUAUCCUGAAGAUGAGAGGAAUGUUGGUGUUGUUUUUAACAAUAUCUAUGAAUUUUGUGGCUUAAUUUCCAGUGAACAAUAUUAUGCAGCUGAUUCUCUUUCUGAAAGUCAAAAGGUCUAUGUUGACACCUUGGUGAAGAAGGCGUAUGACAAUUGGAUGCAUGUUAUAGAGUAUGAUGGCAAGUCUCUUCUGAGCUAUAAAGAAAAUAAGAGCUUGGAUGCUUCUCAAACUGAGGUCUUAGUGAACUCACAAGAUUAUUCAAAUUCCUUUGACCAACAAUUCGCCCUACCAAGCCUUACUGUUCCAGUUCCUUCAGAGCAGCCUGCUAUGAAUUCAGCAGGCCUAACAGUUACAGGAUAUAAUGAUAAUACCAGAUUCUCACUACAGCCUCAGAAUGUGAAUCUCAAUGCUCCUAUUCAGUUUGAUGGCACUUCAAUCCCUCUACAGAACCCAUUGAUUGGCAGUUCUCACCAAGCCCAGCUUCCAAGAAGUGAAAAUGUGAUGGCCCUUGGUCCACGACAGACAUCCACAUCAGUCUUUCAGGCGGUUGGUGCAUCCAAUCUAACUUCUUAUAGGGGAGUUGAAGAAUUCUUCCCAGAGGAAGAGAUUCGUAUGAGAAGUCAUGAAAUGCUUGAAAAUGAGGAUAUGCAACAUCUGCUUCGUCUCUUUAACAUGGGAGGUCAAGGACCUGGCACCAUGAAUAUGACUGAGGAAGUAUACCCUUAUCCAUCAGCAUACAUGGGAACUCCAUCUCUAAACUACAACUUCGAUGAUGAUCGGACUCGGUCAUCAGGAAAAGCUGUUGUAGGGUGGCUGAAGCUAAAGGCAGCCCUGAGAUGGGGCAUCUUUGUUAGGAAGAAGGCUGCUGAGAGACGGGCUCAACUUGUUGAGUUGGAUGAACCAUAAAUGUGAUCUGUGCAGCAAAGCUGAUCCGGUUUUGAUGUUAAUAUGCUUCUUCUUCACUGCCUGCCUGAUUCCUGUCAUGCUGAAGUUCCUAACAUGGCUCAGGAAAAAAAAAAGGGACUAUAACCAUGGGCUUAAGCUGUUGGGUGGAGACUUGACUCUUAGCUCUUGCUGUUCCUUGGGUCAUAAUCCUGAUAUCUGGAAACCUGUCUGUUUGUACAGUGCUAGCCUGUACAGUAAGCUUAUAUCUUCUGUUAAAAACUAUUUUGCAGUUGUGUUUUACUCAUCUAAGAUGUCCUCUCAACAUUCUGGCCAGCUAGUUUAAUAGACCUACAAAGCUAAGCUGUUUCUACUGAAGAUGAUUGCAGAUGGUAGAGAUAACAAGAAGAUUUUAGCGAGGGAACAUUCCAGGUGGAAGUUUAGUAUCGUUCUUUUCCGUCAUAGUUGUUAGUGACCAGGGCAGAAGUGAUGGUUAAAAAAAUAAUCUCACUUCCAGGCAUGGCUAGCAUGUUGUAGUAUCUUUUAAAUUCUUAAUUAUGCACUUAGUUGUAGUAUGUUAGUUAAAAUCCAACAUGUCAUUCUGCAUUGUAACACGGGAAUAAUAGUUAAUAAUAGUGAACUAGUGAUAAAAUUGCCGGAUCAUGUUUUGGU